UGCCAACUAUCCUGGACCUUUUCUGGCCAAAUUGACGAGCUGGUACUCCAUCUAUCACGUGUACAUCGGAGAUCUACACACAGAUAUCUUCCGAUGCCAUGAAAAAUAUGGUGAUCGAGUCCGCUAUGGACCAAACAGACUCCUCAUGAAUACAGAAGAGGGGUUCAAGGGAAUCUAUGGGCACGGAAAGAAUGUUUGCAAGUCAAAGGGGUAUCUGCGUAUCUCGCUUGUGCCAGGAGUACACCCUACAUUGGGUACGAUGGACGAUAAGGAGCAUGGCAAGCUGAGAAGGCUUCUCAACCAGGGACUCUCGGACUCGCACUUUCGCACGCUUGACUCGGAGAUUAGUCGAUUGGCAUUGCUCUUUGCUUCUAAUCUUGGUAAGACCCAAGACACAUUUGAUCCGAGUCUUGAAGCCGGCGAAGACCAAUGGAGUGCUCCUAAGAAUCUAGCUGAAUGGAGUGACUUUUUCACUUUCGAUGUAAUGUCACAACUGGUCUUUGGCACCUCGUACCACCUUCUCACUGAUGCUACCAAUCAUUGGAUCAUCGACGGUGUGCUCGGGCAAAUGCGGCGCAUCAGCUUCCUAACGACGCUCCCAGAAUUGCAAGACAUGCGUUUCCAUCACAUACUAUUCCCGGAAGCUCGUAAAAAAGCUAUUCGUUUCUCUGGGAAGAGUCGAGAAAUCCUGGAAGCAAGACGUGCACGUGACAAGACCGAUACCAAUGGCUUCAAAAACGACCUUUUCUCUAAACUCUUGGCUGCUAAGGACCCCGAAACGGGCGAAAGCUUGUCUCAAGCCCAAUUAUGGGCAGAGAGUAAUCUGUUGAUCAUAGCAGGAUCCGAUACCUCAUCCACUGGUAUUGCGGCGUUGUUCUUCUACCUUUCACGCAAUCCUGAAGCCUAUUCUAGAGUCACGCGAGAAAUUCGUGAAGCAUUCGUCUCCAACCAAGACAUAUCGCAAGGACCGAAGCUCUCAUCAUGCACCUAUCUUCGCGCAUGUAUUCAAGAAGCACUGCGACUCAAUCCAGCUGCUAGUGGCGCCAUGUGGAGAGAAGCACUACCUGGCGGCCUGGACAUUGCGAUCGAGAAUGUCCAUAUCCCAGCAGGGUGCGAAGUCGGCACAGGCAUUUUCUCGCUAAAUCACAACAGGGCCUACUUCCCAGAGCCGUUCGCAUAUAGGCCAGAGCGCUGGAUUGCAAGCGAGUCUGGCGAAGACUCAGUAGCGAAGGCUAAAGCUGCAUUUGCUACGUUCUCAGUCGGCCCACGCAACUGCGUCGGCAAGAACUUGGCGAUGAUCGAAAUUACUCUGGCUGCGGCUGCUGUUAUAAGGCAGUACGACUUCCGCCAGGCAGAGUCAUCACUGGGCCAAGUGGGUGACGGCACAGGCACACAGAAGGGGGUGUAUCAGACACGUUGGGCAUUCACGAGUCUAAAACAGGGUCCAUAUAUCCAGUUCAGACCAGUUCCAUCGAACGGGGCCUAA